AUGGAGUUCGAGGAGGCUGGUAUCGGGGAGGAGUGCGGGGUUUUCGGGUGUGUCGCUGCUGGAGAGUGGCCCACACAACUGGAGGUGGCUCAGGUCUUAACUCUGGGGUUGGUGGCCUUACAGCACAGGGGGCAGGAAAGUGCUGGGAUUGUCACAAGUAAUGGAGCCAGUCCACCCACAUACGCAGCACACAAGGGAAUGGGAUUAGUGAGCACCGCUUUCUCACCCGAGGCUCUUACUAAACUGCGCCAUGGUAACCUCGGCAUUUGUCACACACGCUAUUCAACUACUGGGAUGUCAGAGCUGCAGAACUGCCAGCCCUUUGUGGUGGAUACACUGCAUGGCAAGAUUGCUGUAGCACACAACGGAGAGCUGGUUAAUGCCCAUGCCCUGCGGAAAAAGGUGAUGCGCCAUGGCGUCGGCCUCUCCACCAGCUCAGACAGCGAGCUCAUCACCCAGCUGCUGGCACUGACUCCACCUAUGGAGGAGCUGGACUCACCUGACUGGGUUGCAAGAAUUAAAAACCUCAUGACUGAAACACCAACAUCAUACUCACUGCUGGUCAUGUUCAAAGAUGUGAUUUAUGCCGUGCGUGAUCCUUAUGGAAAUAGGCCGCUGUGCAUUGGACGGCUUGUUCCCAUCUCUAAACUACACGGCCCAGGCGCUGAAGAGGAAGACACUGAGGGCUGGGUUGUGUCAUCAGAGUCGUGCAGCUUCCAGUCUAUUGGUGCCAAGUAUUACAGAGAGGUCUUGCCAGGAGAGAUAGUCCAGAUAUCCAGACAUGGAGUCAAGUCUCUGAGUGUUGUGCCCCGCCCUGAGGGAGACCUCCCAGCCUUCUGCAUUUUUGAAUAUGUUUAUUUUGCCAGGCCAGACUCUAUUUUUGAAGGACAGAUGGUCUAUACAGUCAGGCAGCGCUGUGGUCGGCAGUUGGCCAUCGAGUCUCCGACUGAUGCAGACGUAGUCAGCACUGUGCCAGAGUCUGCGACCCCUGCUGCUCUGGGCUACGCUCAGCAGUCUGGUCUUCCAUACAUCGAGGUUCUGUGUAAGAACCGCUACGUUGGAAGAACGUUUAUCCAGCCAAAUACCCGCUUGAGGCAGCUCGGAGUGGCCAAGAAGUUUGGAGCACUGACCGACAACUUUGCUGGGAAACGAGUGGUGCUCAUUGAUGACUCCAUCGUCAGGGGCAACACAAUUUCGCCCAUUAUUAAACUGCUGAAGGAAGCUGGUGCCAAAGAGGUCCACAUCAGAGUUGCCUCUCCACCAAUCAUGUUCCCUUGCUACAUGGGCAUCAACAUCCCAACCAAGGAAGAGCUCAUUGCCAACAAGCCGGAGUUUCAGGACAUUGCUGGUUAUAUUGGUGCUGACAGUGUGAAAUAUCUGACUGUGGAGGGCCUCGUAUCUGCUGUCCAGGAGGGUAUUGCUUCCCAUAAUGAAAAGGACAAAAUGAAUUCCAAUAACAAGUCCAGCAGGAAAGUGGGCCACUGCACUGCCUGUCUGACUGGGAAAUAUCCAGUGGAACUGGAGUGGUAACUGCUGUGCCAGCACAUCCACAGCAGCACUGUGGAUGUGCUGCAAGCUUUACACUAAGAUGCUACACUACAGAGGGUCGUCGUGUUCAGAACCUUAAAGAUGCAGAAAAUGUGGCUUUUCCUCACUGCUGGUGGCUUUAUGAGACCCCCCCAAAAUUACUGGAUGUGUAUAAUUCCAGGUGUUUAUUUACAUGCCAGAAAAGCCCACAAGACUAAUGACCAAAAUAUGAAAUCUUUAUUUUGUUUGGACUGUUUUCUGAACUUUGAAUAUGAUUGAUGUAUGAAUCAUAAACAACCAUAAAGAUUUUUUUUUUUUUUUUUUAAACUAGAACAUCACUGACCAUUUUAUUUAAAUAGAGAAAACAAAACAUUAAUUCAAGAAUUGAUGCAACUUAGAACCAAGUCUAAAAUCUAUCUACAGAAUAUAGUCAAAUAACUUCUGUUUUUAGUUAAAAUUCACCACAGGGUUUUCUUAAAAAACGAACUGAUUAAUUAUGAGCAGGUUUCCAUCGUUGAAAUAGCUGGUCAUACUUGAACUUCUGGGGGCUUUUCCUCAAUAAUCCCCCCCCUCGCAUCACCAUUUUCUGUAUAUGUUGGAAAGGGAAGAGCAGGUUAGCAGGAACACACUGACCCUGGGAGGACAAACAUUUUGUAUAGAAUUAUAGUCACCUAGGACUGUAGCCAUAGGUCAUUUUGCUCUGUAGUGAACCUCCUGUAAAUGAAGCAUAAAUGAUUCAGGUAAUCAAUAACAGGAUACUAAGUCAAGAAAUCACUCCAUGGCUUUUCCCUGUUCUUCCCCCAUCUCGACAACCAUGAAUCUGAUCUGAUAAGUCCAUUCAGUCAAAGGAAAAAAAAAAAAAAAAAAAAAAAAAAAAAUUGAACUACUUGGAGACUCACUGAUGAAAUGCAUGUCGUGGACUCUCACAUACUUGACACAAAGCAUACCAUUCAUGUAAGUUUCAGAAACUAGUGAUUCUCAAACUGGGGAGUGAGGUGUGGACAACUAGGUGAAAAAUAUAAAGUUUAAAAUUAUUACCAAAAAAAAAAA